AUGCCUGAUCAACAUCAGAUUUUUGGCACGGAAAACCCCGUAGCGAAGGGUUUCCAGAUCGCUUACCUGGUCAUCAUAGUCGCCUUGUCGGUGGUGUGUGGACUGUUGGUGAUUUAUUUAGUGUGGAAGAAGGAGUAUCUACAGAAGCCUUGCCACUACCUCCGCUGUAACCUAGCUGUAGAUGACAUCCUCUUCACCGGUCUGUGUGUCCCAAUUGUCAUCCACAACAUCAGCCAGGGGUACAACUCCGCAAGCUUCACACUCUGCAGGCUGGAAGGUGCGUUUACCCUCGGUGUUCUGCUCUCCAAGACCUGCACGUACCUCUUCAUGGCCAUGGACGUGUACUACUUCGUCAUCCAUCCUCUGCACUACACAGACCGGGUGACAACCCGACGCGUGGUCUUGGCCAUCAUCGCAGCCAGGAUCUUGACCUUCGCCGUUGCUCUGACGUCCAUGGCCGUGGGUGGAUCCGGCAAUGUCCAAGAUGUCUCCGAUGUCCUCGUCUGCUUGCCUGGAAUGAACUCCAGUCCUAGGAACACCGUGCUGGCCAUACUGAUUGUUGUCGUGCCGAUCGCAGUUCUCGUCGUGUUAGCAGUCGGGCUGCUGUACUACCGAGUGAUGAAGGAGGCAAGAGGGCAGCAGGAUCGGGACGAGAACCGGCAUCUGAAGCUUCGCGAGACGCAGGCCUUCAAAGCGCUGGCGCCGCACUUCACCGUGGUGCUGGUGUUCGUGGGAACGGCCAUCGUGUCCUUUAUCUUCGCGCGUGCGGCCCAGGCGGAGGGUUCCGGCGUCUACCUGUCUGCGGCCCGGAGAGUCGCGCUGCUGCUGCACCUCAGCCUGUCCUACAUCACCGACUCCGUGGUCUACAGUCUGAAGAAGGCAGACUUCAGACGCGCCAUCAGGGAAGUCCUGCCGUUUGCUAACAGCGAAGCACAGCCUCUGGCGCCUCGCCACGACGUCCCGACGGUCGAUAGUGGAUUACCAGAGGUACAGGUGUGA